AGACUUUAUUUUCUUCACUUAUAAAUAAUCUCUAUACAGUCCUUUUCACACACGACUUUACUAAUCUCUUUAUUCGCAACUCCGAUAAAUCAAAACCCUAAUUUCCCCAAAUCCUCCCAAAUUUCCCCUCUUUUCUUCAAAUCACUCAAAUUUCCCACCAUAAUGGUUCUCAAGAAAGCCGGCAUCAAUGAAGUCGACGGCGCCAGCCCUGGCAAAAUUUUCAUCGGAGGAUUAGCGAAGAACACAACUCUUGAUACGCUUACGAAGUAUUUUGCAAAUUAUGGGGAAGUGGUAGAUAGUGUUAUAAUGAAAGAUCGAAUGACAGGUCAACCAAGGGGUUUUGGGUUUAUAACAUAUGCUGAUCCUGGUGUUGUUGAUAUCGUCAUUAAAGAAGACCAUAUCAUUAAUGACAAGCAGGUGGAAAUCAAGAGGACAAUACCCAAGGGUGCUGCUGCUCAAACAAAUGGUUUUAAAACUAAAAAGAUCUUUGUAGGGGGCAUUCCAGCAACUGUGACUGAAGAUGAAUUGAAGGACUUCUUUUCAAAGUAUGGUAAUGUUAUGGAACAUGAGAUCAUUCUUGAUCAUGCUACUAAACGAUCUCGAGGAUUUGGGUUUGUGGUGUUUGACCAUGAAAAAGUUGUCGAUGAAAUAUUGGCUGAUGGAAACAUGAUCGAUAUGAGUGGCUCAAGGGUUGAGAUCAAGAAGGCUGAACCAAAGAAAGCCUCAAACCCUGCUUCUGGUUCUGCAUUUGGUAGUGACUCUAGGGCACGCAAUCAUGGAGGUAAUUUCAGAGGAUACCCUGAUAAUUAUAGUGGAUUUGGAAGUGGUUAUAGUCCUGCAUCCUAUAGGGCAUUCGGAGCCUUCCCUUCUAGGUUUGGUGAUUAUGGUGGAUAUGGAGGUGGUGAUUAUGGAGAAGGUUAUGGUGGAUUUGGUGGAGCUGCUAGUAUGGCUGGUUAUCGCGGAGAACCAUCUUAUGGUUACUCUGGCCGUUAUGGCCCGUAUGGUGGGGCUUUAGGUGGAGGAUAUGGUAGUGGUUUAGGGAUGUUUGGCAGAGGUGAUAGCUAUGGUGGCGGUUCUGGGUCUGGUUCAGGUCCUGGCUAUGGUUCAGGUCCUGGCUAUGGCUCAGGCCCUGGUGGAUAUGGAGCGGGAGCGAUGUACGGAAGUAGGGCAGGCUAUAGCGGCAGUAGUCGUUACCACCCUUAUGCAUGAUAGACAUCUGUAAGAGCCUUACCAUAGAAUUUGCAGACUGUCGCUCAUUUCUCAGCAUUUUAAGGACUUUGUAGCAGAUAUAUUCCAGCCAUAUAUAGAUCAAGAUUGUGAGAUUGCAUUAGUUUCAUCUGCAUCUAUGUUUUGGUGAUAGUGUGGGCAGAAUUAGCUAUUGUCUAUUUUUGGCUGAUAGUUUUUUUAGCACCGUCUUGUAUUCUGUAGUUGCGUAGCUAGUUAAGAUUGUGAAUGACAAUUGACUUAGAGCACUUGCAGUUGCUUUUUAUAUUUUAGACAUAGUUUUAUUUUUGCAAUGUUGAGGUUUGUUUUAUCAAGUGGUUAUGCAGGAAAUAUAGAAAAAACCUUAGUGUUGCUCUUCUUGCUCACUAACUAUCAGGCUAGUAAGUGCGCAGGGUAGCAUUAGUCCGUUAGUCCCAUUGCUGUAAGCUAAUAGGUAUUUGUUGCCUCUCCAUGUAUAUGGUUCUUGCAAGCUGCAAUGCUUGCUUGCACAAUUUAUACGGAGCUGCUGUGUCCUUUUCUCUG